AACAAGCUAAGUUAGCAACCGCAAUUUGAGCUAGUAAAUGCUAUGGUCCUAUGUAAUAAUAAAACGAUCACUCUGCAGUAUCUUUCAGGCGAAUGUAUGGAAACCGCAAGUGCUAAUAGUCAACCAGAUAAUCGUUACAACUGGUAAAUGUAGAGUUUGAUUUGCGAUGUAGCCUCGACGUUAUACAAUAUUACUGCUAACGCAUAACCGCAGCUAGCUAGUCAACGUUAACGUUAGCAAGCCAACGUUCUGUUACAAUCCUACGUUAGUUUUGUUAAGUAGCAUCAGUUAGAGGUUUGGGUUCAACCCAAACUCAGUGUGUGCUAUCCGGUUACCGACGGAAACCGUCUGGCUUUAAGUCGGUGUGUGUGUGUGUGUGUGUUUUUUUUUUACCCUACGUAAUAUACGUUGAAAAAGUGGAGAUAAUGCACCACGUCAAGAUCAAAACUGAAAGGCCAGACUUAGAGGGGACUGGUGCACGCAGCAGAUUGGAUGCCGUUUUAAAAGGACUGGUUGAAAAGAGUGAAAAUGAAAGGGAGCAAAAUGAAGGUGACACUGGAAAAAUCUCAGCGGACUCCUUGAACAAGGAUUUGUCUCCAUCAUCUGCUGGAAAAAGGCAAGUACCUUCAACUCGAUUUCCACAGCACCGGAGGAAGAAGCGAAAAGAGAUGGAUGAGGGCAUACCAGAGAGCAAUCAGCAUAAACAAAAUGCUUACAUUAUUAAGUUGUUUGAUCGCAGUGUGGAUCUGGCUCAGUUUAACACCAGCACCCCACUGUAUCCUAUCUGCCGUGCGUGGAUGAGAAACAAUCCUUCUGUCCGAGAGCCAGCUGCUUCCCCAAGUCCCCCCCACACCAUGGUAGAGGAAGAGGUCACAGACAUGAUCAAUGGUAAAGGUCAGAAUGUGUACAGGCUCCCUCCUCCAACCUCCUGUCCAGUCAACGCCUCUGGUGAACCCAUCAAUCUCAGGAUACCACACACCGAAAAACCCGAUGCCACCAAGUUAACAGAUUCAGUUCCUGUAUCAGGUUCCCCUAUAUGUGACCACAUGGAACGUUGGAAAAAGAUAAGGCAGAAGUGGAAGGAGUGCUCUAACAAGAACCAAUUAAGAUACAGCGAGAGUAUCAGGAUCCUAAAGGAGAUGAAGGAGCUCUAUGAUCGUUAACUGGCCUCCAUGAAGCUCUCCUCUAUGCAGUUGGAACGGAGCCAUGGCGUGGGACUCAAUGUCUGAAUACACCUGCCAUCUAAACAGCCAGACACAUAGGAAAGCAGUAAUUGAACCUGGAGCCUUAAAUUGACAAUAUGUCCUAUGCAUUGCAGAUUUUUUUUGUUGUUGUUGUUUUGGGAUAUUUUAGUUGCAAUUUCCUGUGUGGGAAUGUCAUCUAGUGUAAUGUGUUAUUCAUAAAAAAUUCUGCAUAUAUAUCUGAAUAAAUUAACUCGCUCAUCAGUAGUAUUUUUCCACAAAAACUGUCUUGUGCAUCCUCAAGUUUAACAAGACUGAUGAAAGUCCAUUAUGUUUUUAACCCCUGUCUUCACCCAUGUCUGUUUGUUGGUUAAUUUGUUUAACUUUCUGCAGGAUUAUGCAAAAAAAGUACAGAACUGAUUUGCACCAAACUUGUUGGAGGGAUGGUACAUGUACCAGGGAAGAACCUAUUACAUUUUGGUGCGGAACUGGUCUAAGGGAUGGAU